GGCUUGGUCAAUGGCUGAAGCUGAACUGGUCAAUCAUCUUUGUCAUACUUAGUGGGGUUAUUAAUUAUAAUCUCAACUCGUGUCUAGUAAACCAUUUGAGCCGUUUCUCGAAUGAUGUGACAAUGUAGCCAAAAGUCAGAACACCUCAAGACUACAAGGCAUCAAUUCUAGAUGCUUCAGCUGCCACCUACGGAAAAGUCAUACUUUAGAAUGGGUUUUUACAGUUUAUAAAACCUUGGUCAGGAACAAGUCAUGUGCUCAAUAUCUUACUGCUGGGAAGUGGGUUAGUUUAAUUACGAAGUAAUUGACCCCACUUGCCUGUGUUUAGACAUGUACGCACCUGUUCUGCAAUAAAAUCUUACAUUUAUAGGUGUCCCGUUUUUUGACCAAUUUGACUUUUAUAACUAAGCUCAAAGUCUUAUAUACGAUUUAAGCUCGAAGCUCUUUCCAUCGCUUGUUUUUGGAGACUAAUUCCCUCCGAAUUCUUAUUUUCACUCAAAUUCACAAGGAGUAGAAACUCAAUCUUUCCACGGUUAGGCAUGGUCUCCAUCCCGAUGAGGUUCCAUCUCUUCUUACAAUGCCUGUGCCUGUUGUCAUCUCUGUCACUGGUCUUCACAAGCCAAGCAAUCUCAAUCCAAGAAGCAAGCAUAAGUGAUCUCCAGCUAGCAUUCAAGCAAAACAAGCUCACUUCCAGGCAACUUACCCAGUUCUACCUCCGCGAAAUCCACCGACUCAAUCCAGUCCUGAGGGCUGUCAUAGAGGUGAACCCAGAUGCACUGAACCAAGCCGAUGGGGCGGACCGGGAUCGUAAGGCCAAGAAACACGUUUCGCUCUCCAGCUUGCAUGGAAUUCCUAUACUGCUCAAGGAUAGCAUUUCGACGAAAGACAAGCUGAACACCACGGCCGGCUCGUUCGCACUGCUUGGCUCAGUCGUGGCUCGGGAUGCAGGGGUGGUGGCUAGGUUGAGGCGAGCUGGUGCUGUCAUAGUGGGGAAGGCCAAUAUGAAUGAGUGGUCAAGUUUUAGGUCUUUGACUCAACCAAAUGGUUGGAGUGCAAGGGGUGGACAAGGCAGGAAUCCUUAUGUGCUUUCUGCAGAUCCUUGCGGUUCAAGUGGCGGGUCGGCAAUAUCAGUGGCGGCAAAUAUGGUGGCAGUGUCACUAGGAACUGAGACUGAUGGCUCGAUCUUAUGUCCUGCCAGUGUAAAUUCAGCAGUAGGCAUCAAACCAACCGUUGGUCUCACUAGCCGAGCCGGGGUGAUUCCGAUCACACCCAGACAAGACACCGUUGGGCCGAUAUGCAGGACCGUCUCAGAUGCUGUUUAUGUUCUUGAUGCAAUCGUAGGCUAUGACCACAAUGACGCGAAAGCCACAAGAGAAGCGUCAAAAUACCUUCCGCAAGGUGGAUACAAACAGUUUCUCAAAGUUCAUGGUCUCCACGGCAAGAGACUGGGUAUCGUGAGACAUCCAUUCUUCAAUUUCACCGAUAAGCCCAGCCAAGCUCUAGCUUUUACAAAGCAUUUUGCAACACUGAGGCAAGCAGGAGCUGUCUUAGUGGAUAAUCUGAAAAUUGAUAACAUAGAUGUGAUCUUGAACUUCAAUUUGAGCGGUGAAGGAACGGCAUUGCUCGCGGAGUUCAAAAUAGCCCUGAACGCUUACCUUGAGGAGCUAGUGUCAUCGCCAGUGCGGUCCUUGGCAGAUGUAAUAGCUUUCAACCAGAAAAACUCUAAACUGGAAAUGACCGAUCGGAUAGACCAAAGCAUCUUGUUGGCGUCUGAAAUCACGAACGGGAUAGGGAAUGCGGAGAAAGCGGCUUUGUCGAAUCUAGGAAAGCUAACAAGAGACGGGUUCGAGAAGUUGAUGAUGCAGUACAAUCUAGAUGCUGUCAUGACUCCAGGAUUUGACUUCGCUCCUGUUCUUGCCAUCGGCGGAUUCCCCGGAAUCAGUGUCCCAGCCGGUUACGACACCGAGGGCGUGCCCUUCGGGAUUUGCUUCGGAGGGCUGAAAGGUUCGGAGCCGAAGCUGAUUGAAAUCGCAUAUGGAUUUGAGCAAGCUACUAAGAUCAGGAAGCCUCCCUCGUUUAGGCCUUGAAGCUCCCUGAUCAAGCCUGCCCUCGUUGCAACUCUUCAUAAUCACUACUUGCUCGUUUCGUUCGUUGACAAAGAAUAACAAAUGAUUCCCAAGUCCAAGAAGAAUCGGAUUCUUUUUCCGUUGUCGGAUGCCAAAAAGCUUUUGGAUCUUUAAUGGAGGACACAUCUGAAUCAUUGAUCGUUCAAUGCUAAAAUUUACUCUCUUUUCUCUAUAUUCUGUGUUUUCUUUUUGU